AUGAGUUCCCAUAUCACGGCCAUCACCACCCUCAACACAUUCAUUGUCCGCGUCUUCCAGCAACCGAAAGGAGAUCUUGCUGACCGAUUGAACUCCCGAAUUACCGUAACUAUCCUCGCCGUGAGCGCUGUUGUGCUGCUGUCCGGCCAAUUCUUCGGGGACGCCAUCACCUGCUGGGUGCCCGCCCAAUUUACGAAACAGUGGUCGGACUUCGUUAACCAGUACUGCUUCGUGCACGGCACCUAUUUUGUGCCGUUUUCCGACGAGCUCGCUUUUGAUGAUGACGAACGAAAAAAGCAGCCCAUCACUUACUAUCAAUGGGUGCCGUACAUCCUAGCCGCCCAGGCGCUGCUCUUCUACUUUCCGCGCUUUGUCUGGAAAUCGCUGUGCGCGUAUUCGGGCUACGAUUUGGCGGGCUCGAUCCGGUACGUCGACACGUUUUGGUCGGAGAUCAAGAAGGACGACGCGCCAUUCCGAGACCGUAUCGCCCGGUUCGAGGGCCGCCCCGCCGUGUAUAUUUGGGACGCGUUGCGGCUCGCGCGAAAGAAAGGUGCACGCAACAUGCCGCUGUAUUACGCCAUCGGAACGACGUUGCAGGCCAUUAAUGCGUGGGUGCAGUUCUACGUCGUCAACUCGGUGAUCGGCUCUCCUUACAUGCUGUGGGGUCCGUCUGUACUUGGCGAAGUUGUGCACGGGGUUGAUUGGCAGGUAACCGGCCACUUCCCCCGCAUCACACAUUGUGACUUCAACCGACGCAACAUGGCCUCCGUCCAACUGGACACGGUGUUGUGCGUGCUGUCGAUGAACAUCUACUACGAGAAGGUGUUUCUCUUCCUCUGGUUCUGGAUCGCGUUCGUGGCCGUCAUUUCAACGAUCAACGCCGCCUACUGGGUGUACAUGUGCGCCGUGCCGUACAGGGCUCGCUCGGCCAUCUCGAGCUUCUUGGAAACCGAUCCGCAGGCCAAGUCGCGAGAUUCGAUUGUCGAUUUUUACAAUCGCCUCGGCGCGGACGGGCUCUUCGUGCUCCACCAAAUGGCGCUCAAUUUGGGCGAUCUGCCGGCGAGCUACUUGGCCAUCGGUAUGCGUGCAAUCUCAAAUCGAUACGGCCCAUCGGAGGGUGAUGAUGACAGUCGAGGGGGCAGCCAAUGGGAAAAGACACACCUCAUCCAUGCCAAGGCA